AAUCAACAGAUGAUCUGUUUUGCUCGUUUCAGUCUGCAGAUAGUCCUCAACGAAGCAAAAAUACCAUACGGUGAUAAGCUUAACUUCUCUGCACUUUCAGCGCUGAUAAAGGGGCCAACAUGGCCACCAUCAACCAGACGAACCAGUUCUACGAGGGUUGCGGCCGCGAGGGUCCCAUCCGGUGCAUCUUGCUGAGCGAGUUCCACGCCGUGGCGGGCUCUAAGAUUAGCUGCCAGGUGCCGGAGAACUACAUCGCCAAGGAGGUGUUCGACUCGAUCCGGUUCUUCAUCAUUCCGAAGCCCCAGCUGCAGCGGUGCACGUUGACGGUGAACGCCCUUGGCCAUAAGGUUAUCGGCUACCCGGUGAAGAUUGACCACACUCGCUACCCGAGGAAUGCAUUUUACUUCAAUCUUUGUUUCGUGUGCGACAGUUGGGCUCGUUCCGUGCAGUACGAAGCCGUCGUAAAGAAACUAUCCGAAUACCUGCUGAUGAUGGAGGAGGAAACUUCUUUCUUGUCCAAUCCGGACAACAACACCCGCAUCCAGAACCUGCUAAGCUGUAUCCUGCGAGAUCUGAAUGAGAAGCAGGUAGCUACCAUCGUUGAAGGAGAAACCACAAUCUAUCUUAAGAUUGUUCGUCUCAAACCGGAUCCUCCCCCAGUUCAAGAUCACCAAGUCCCGCUCAUCUGCAAGGGCUUCGAGAACAUAUCGCUUGAAGCGUGGGACCUCACCACCCAACAGGUCAUCCCGUUCAUCAACGGCAUCAACCACGUGGCUCGCAUCGCCGCCGAAGCCGACGUCGAGAACCAGCUGGUCAAGUCCUGCAUCCAGAACCUGGUCUACUACGGCGUCGUUCAGCUUCUCCCGCUCCUAAAAUACAGCAACGUCUACAUGUGCACCCGUAACCUGCAGAACCUCAGCAAAGACCGCCAGUUUGCGGAAGACUGUCGUCACUACGUGAAGCUCCAAACGGAAAAGGAAACCCCUCGCCUUCCUUCCCUUCACAAAAUCCUCCAACUGUACUCCCAAAUGACGCACGGAGUCACCCUGCGGGCACUCUGUCAACGGCUCUGCCCGCGGGACAACGCAAUCGACGAGCGGAAGCUGGUCACGUUUGGGCUGCAGCAUUGCCUGAUUCGGUGCAUCAACAAGUAUCCGAUCUUCACGGGGUCCUAUCCAAGUGCGAGACAUAAGCUGUACACCGGGUUGAAUAGUUUGGACGAGAUUUGCUGCAAGACUGGGCUGACGCCCAGCAGGAUCGAAGAGGACAUCGAUGUGGACUCGAAUGUGACGGUGAUUUGGAAGUGAGGGAAUGAGAAAUAAAUUUGUUAAAAUUA